AUGGUCAACUUAAAUUGGCUAGAAUGGAAGAGAGGAAAACUAACAACAGAAGCUAGCUCCAGCAGAGGCGGAAGAGUCACAAGAGAAGCUAAUCAAAGGCCAAAGGCAACCAUCUCUGCUGGGGUAGUGUUGUGCAGCACAAUCAGCCCACGUCUAGCGUUUUUGACAGGAUUGGAACAUCAUACCAAUAGAGCCCAGUUUCGGCCCCAUCUAAGGACAGAGCCAGAUAGAAUGACUAUCUAA